UAAGGUUAUGUCUCAUGCUCAAAUGGAAAGGCAUGUAGCGAAAAAAAGUGAUUAUAAUAAUGAGAAGAAAAAAAACGAAUUUAUAUUGAAGGAUACCAGUGAGGUUAAUGGUAAUACUUAUAAGGACUAUAAAAAUUAUGAUGAUAAUAAAAAUUAUGAUGAUAAUAAAAAUUAUGGUGAUCAUAAAAAUUAUGAUGAUAAUAAAAAUUAUGGUGAUCAUAAAAAUUAUGAUGAUAAUAAAAAUUAUGGUGAUAAUAAAAAUUAUGGUUAUAAUAAAAAUUAUGAUGAUAAUAAAAAUUAUGAUGAGAACAUUAUGAAUAGUGACGAUUCCAUUCUUUUCAACAUAAGUAACAAAAAUUUUUAUAAUUUUCAUUUAUUAUUUAAAAAGGAUGAGAAAUUAAAAAAGGAGUUUUUUUUACAAAAUAAGAUAAGCGAAAAGACGUUAUUAUUAAAUUUGUAUGUUGAUUAUAGUAGUAUGGAAGAUACAUCUUUUUUCCGUAUAAAUAAUACGAAUUUUUAUAAUUACUAUUUUGAUGAUUAUUUUUAUUUUUUUAUAAAAUCGUGUUAUGAUUUAGAUUUAUAUAUAAAAAUUCAGAGAAAAAAUAUCUUCUUAACUGAUGAAAAGUAUUUCGAAUUCUUAAAAAUACACAUAAUGAAUAAAUCUACAAAAAAUAAGAAGGUCCCAUUUUAUUUGUGUAAUAAUUCUGUAGAACAAAAUAAUAAUUUAAUACAAGUUUUAGAAAAGUGUUUUAAACAUUUUAAUUUAUAUAAUGGAAACAGUUCAAGCACCUUAACUUUAUAUGAUUCUGUAAAUGAAAUAUCUUUUCUUCUUUCUCAAAUAAGGAUAUAUAUAAA